AUGGUCAUUUCCCUGAUGUUCACUGAUUCUAAAGGUUUACUUGUCACAUUGACUGGAAACCAGAAGAAGAGAGUUUGUGUGGAGGAAGAGCACAAAUCAGAGUCUCCAGUAUCUCCCUGUGUGUCCAAACAUCCUCCUCCAGACUUCACUCAUAAAGCUGGAUCCUCAGACUUAAAGGUGGAGGACAGACGGGGCAACGCUACACCUCCCACACAUAAUGAACCAAAUCCGUCCACAUCCAACACAAACCUCCAUGUGUCUGAGGACAGCAGAGACGAUCAGCUGGAUCCUGAUGAUCCAGAGAGGCUGAAGCAGCAGCAGCAGCUUGAGUGCAGAGAGAAUCUGACUGGGACGAGUCACUGGCAGGACUUCACACCCAAAGUGCUGACUGAGUCUGCAAACAUUUCAUACAGGUUCAGCUGUCCUUGUCCAGGUGUGUUCAGGUGUACUUUGACUGGACUGGUGUUUGGUACGGUUCAGGAGGCGGAGCUGCAGUACAGGACUGUCCAAUGGGACCAAAGCCUUCUACAACCAGCUGGCAAGAUGGCUGCAGGGCCGCUGUUCAACAUCCACAGUCCUGACGGUGCUGUCAGUCAGCUUCGCCUGCCACACUGUGAAACCAGGGAUGCUCCACUCCCUGAUGGUUUGCUGUCUGUCGUCCACAUCACUGAUGAUGGAAUGAACAUCCUGGAGCCGCUGGAGAUUACAGACACUCAUGUGGUUAUGAACGUCCCUCACUUCUCUCUCCUGGGCCUCGUCUGGGACGUUGUUAAGAGGUUCCUGAACAUCACACGACCAAUUAAGGGCCAGGUUCUGCUGUUCCUCCGACCUCCGGAUGAUGAUGAUGAUCAAAUACUUGAUGUAUUUCUGCUGCAGGGCAACAUUCCUCUGAGCGAGGUUGCUGCCCAACGAGGAGCAGCUGAGAACAUUGAGAUCUCUUCUCACUGUGAUCUCAGCAUUGGCCAAAGCUACAGUGUUCACUGUGAACCUGAAGCCUCCAUAAUCCAGCCUGAGUAUGCAGAAUUUGACACAAGGCUUGGACCAAACUUCUUCCCAACGUUUGAGGUUUUCCUCACAACAAACCAAAAGAAAGUGACUUUGAUGGUCCAAGACCAAGAGGGGACACAAAAGUGGAAUCGGGUGGUGAAACUGACAGGUCCAAGAAGUGGAAAUCUACAGAGGUAUCUCCCAGCAGGGGACAUCAACCCAGCAGAGAAGCUGCGGUUGGUUUGGGAAGAGUUUGUUACCAGAGUGUCUGAACCUAAUCUAAACCAGCUUCUGGAUAAACUUUUUGGGUUUGGUGUUAUAAACGAUGAUGAAAUGGAAUCGGCCAGAUCAGAAAUGCGAGCAAACAAAGCUCGAAAAGUGAUCGACAUGGUGCGAAGAAAGGGAACCGAAGCCAGCUCAUUUUUUAUCAUUGCCCUCCGUGUGGUGGAUCCAAAUCUUUCCAGACUGCUCAACUUAGGCUGAGUG